CCUUCAAAUUCCGGCAGUCUGAAAUGAGAUCAACUUUGAAGACUAUUAAACAUGCGUACAUUGCACCUGGUGCUUUAGCAAGGGGACGUGAGGCAAAGCUUCAGAGCUUUAGGCUCCUUAAAGUAAGUGUUGAACAAAGAACUCCACUUGGCAAAGGUAAAAAUUGUAAUGCACUAGUUUCUACUCAGAAUGAGCUAGCACAGUGUAAUAGCCUUGUGCCUCCUGGUUUUGAACCAAUUGAAGAUGAUGUUCCCCUCCUUCAAGAAGCUGAAGCGAUGCAAGACACUCAGAGAAGUGAAAUAAGUUCAUGUGAAUCUGAAAAGGCAAAAACGAUGAGAGGAAAGACCAGGUAUAAAAAUGUCUCAGCACUAAAAGCUGGAGAAAAGUUGAGAGUUACUUUUUACCAUAAUGGAGUUGUUGGGAAGCAUCAUGCCACAUUUGCAAGAGACUUAGGUAUGUUAGUUCGUGAUCCUAAUAUGUGCCCGCUGCGAGUACACCCAUGGGCGGACACCGAAGAAGAUAAGCUGAAAUGCAUGUGGCUAGCUGUUACUGUAAGGAUUUAAAGCAUUACUUGAUUUGUUUUUCGAGCUUGGUGCAUGUCAACUAACUUGUAUGUGAUAUAUUUGCCUGCCACUACAUUAAGCUUGAUGUAUUUGUGCAACACUCCAUUAUUUUGAAACUUUUUUGGUUUUGAUUUUUUGUUUUUGUUGCUGGAUGAUUCUUGGUUAUUUGCUCUUUUCUGGAUUCGUGAUGUUUGGUUCAUUUCUGGUGUCCCAAAUACGUUUGACAUGCAUUAAAUCCACAAAGUUGAGAACAAGUAAUGACAUUCUUUUCCUCUUGUCAAAAGAGGUCAAUGAAACUGAUUAUGAAAAGGCUGCAACAGUAUGAACAGGCCUCGGGUCAGGAAAUUAGCAAGGACAAAAGUUUCUUUCUCACCCCUACUCACACCUCUCAAUCUAUAAGGGACAGAAUUCAGAGAGUGACGGCUUACAAGCACCAUCACUUCCCUUUCAAAUAUCUUGGUUGUCCUAUAUAUUGUGGAAGGAAGAAGAUUAGUUUCUUUGCAGAUAUGGCUACUAGACUUCUGCACAAAAUUCAGGGAUGGCAGGGUAGGCUAUUAUCUGUAGGAGGAAGGGAUACACUGAUUAAACAUGUAUUACAAUCCCAGUCUUUGUAUAUAAUGGCUGCAGUUUCUCCUCCAAAAGCUAUUCUAAAACAAUUGGAGAAGCAAUUUGCAGAUUUCUUUUGGGGGGUAUAAUGACUCCAAAAAAAAGUACCAUCUGUGUUUCUCAACUGCAGAGGGAGGUGCUGGUUUCAGAAGUUUGGAGGAUAUAGCCAAGACCUUUACUGCUAAAAGGCGGUGGAGGUUGAGAAAUUACGAUAAUCUAUGGUCCAAAAUUCACGAUCAAUAAAUAUUGCCCAAGAAGUCAUCCAGUAACCAACGAAAAAACAAUUUGCUGAUUCUAGUUGUUGGAGGGAGCUGAUGGAGAUUAGAAACAAGAUGGAGCCGCAUAUCUUGUGGAGAGUCCAACAAGGAUACCUCUCCUUUUGGUGGGACAAUUGGAGUGGCAUGGGUCAAUUAGCACAAUUGCUACAUAUUCAAAACCCUGACAAUCUUUUGGUGGAAGAUUGCAUUAGAGAAGGAGCAUGGAAUAUUGAUUUGCUUGAGUUAUUGGUUCCUACCAAUAUGGUUCAGCACAUCAGAGAAAUCAAAAUUGGAAAAACUCAAGGAAAGGAUAAAGCAAUAUGGAGAUUGUCUGCUGAUGGUCUUUUCUCUUGCUCAACUGUCUAUGAUCUUUUAAGACAAAGAGGCAGACAACAGCAAAUAUGGAAGGACACUUGGAUUAAGCACAUCCCUUUCAAAAUCUCAUACUCAAUGUGUAGGAUCUGGAAGAAAAAAAUUCCAGUUGAUGAAAUUAUCCUCAAAUUUGGGCAAUGUCUGGUUUCUAAGUGUUCUUGCUUCAGACAGCCACAUGAAGAGACUAUUGAACAUGUUUUCAAUACUAGUCCUAAAGCUAGUCCUCUCACUUUGUAACCUCACUGGUGAAAUUCCAACUUUUAUCGGAAACUUGUCCUCCCUGAGAAGUUUAAGGCUCAGUUUCAGAGCUCUGACAGGAAGCAUUCCAGCUGAAAUAGGAAGGUUAUCAGAACUGAAGCAACUUUCACUGAAUUCCAAUUUCUUUCAAGGUCAGUUACCAAAUGAGGAAGUUGGUCAGAAUGCAGCAGCUUGAGCUCUCUUAUAACCAUUUCUGGACACUAAUCUGAUGUCGAUUUCAGCUCAAUUCUAACUGGCAUAUUAAUUUGAAUACUUUCGAGCUGCCUCUGCUUUUGCAGAAGAGAACCAGGAAAAUCCUGGCCUGGUGAUGCACUACUUGUGUUUGAUAUAGUUGGUUAAAUUUUAUUUUUCUAGAUUAUCUGAAACUUUUGAGUGUCAUGUUUAAUGAUACUUGUGAAAUAUUUGAGGAUAAAUUUGACAGUGAUGACAUGAAUGAUCAAAGAAACAUAUGAGAAAGUUAUGGAACAAUUGGAGGGCAUUGCUGCACAUGAACAUGAAAUCUAAGCCAUUGCACGAGGCUCUAAAAGAUGUGCCGGAGAGGGUAGGCAAGAGUGAUUGGGAAUGGUUGGUCAAGGAGC